CAAAGGUGGACGAAAAUAGGACCACCAGACUAGCAUAAGGAUAUGACGACAAGAGAGACGGGUAUUGGUACGAGCACAGACACAAGCACAGCACAGGUACUGGCAAAACGUUACACGUCAAUGGAAAUACCUGGGUAGAGCAUAACAUUGUACAACGAAGCAAGUGCGAAGUAAUAGACAUGAGAAUGCUCUAAAUGAUGAGCCAGAGAUCGAGUCAUCGUCUGGCAAGUGCUUACUGCAAUGGCCAGUAAGCAAUAAGCAGGAGAGCAUAAAGUCAGACAACCAGACUCUCCUCCCGCAAGGCAACUGCUUGUAACCUGCCCAUGUGCUCAUCUCGGCAACAACGGGGAGGAAGAAGCUGGGAACUGGAAGCUGCGAAGUUGCAAGUAGAGGCUGAACAAGGGAAGGAGCAAAGCGACCAAUCAGGUGACCAGGACAGGCCGGGCUCGCGGGGGGCAAGGCAGGAGAGAAACAUACCGUCUAUGGCCGUUCCUUCCUUCUCUCACUUCCUUCUCGACGACGAGCCGGACAGGGAUGGCUUCCACUUGUCAUCGUUGGAAGAGAGCAACCGCUUUAAGUACCCGAGUACCCGAGUACUCGUGCGUGCACGAUGAGCUGUAAGUAAAACUCGUAUAGUAAGUUGAACGUUGUUUGUUGUUCGUUUCCAACGUCCCGGGACGUCCGUCAGCUGAGUUGGCAACUCUAAAGCCAUUCCUGCACUUCCUGCACCUGCUGCACUUCCUGCACCUGCUGCACUUCCGCGUCUGAGUAGGCGGGGGUGGGGAAGGGAACUCACGUCUGAUGCAGGUCUUGGCCAAACCGCCAGACGAGACGUCGUUGGACGAGGACUCGAGUACGGAGCUCAAGCUCCAAGCUCAGAAAAAAAAAAUUAGUUUGGCUUUUCCCAAACACGAUCUGGGAGAAAGCUUCAAUUGAUUUGACCCCUCCAACACCCGCCGAACCCCUCACCUCCUUGUCUCAACCUACCAGAAGCAUUGCAACAAUGAUAUCGAGACAACUCCUCUUCCGAGCCUCACGGCUCGCUCGUCGCAGCUAUGCAACAGAUACCUCAUCCACCCCCCCAAUGCUCCUAAAACUACGGUAGGUUACCCCUCUACCAAACCAACACAGUAACUUCCCUAUCGCACCUUCCCCCUCUCACCCCCUCCCCUUCACACCACAAAAUCUCCUCCCCCAAGGCAAACUCUAACCCCCAAAACGUUCAAUCCCGCCCUCCAGCCCUAACACCUCCCAGAACCGACCUAAAAACCGCCAUGCGCGCCAAAGAGACCCCGCGCCUCACCGUCCUCCGCGCCCUCUUAGCCAGCACCCUCAACGCCUCCAAGACCUCCACACCCAUAACCACCGACCUCGCGCUACGAGCCUUGAUCCUCAAACACGUCUCCGCCUCGCAGGCCGCCAUUUCCGAUUUCCAAAAGGCGUCGCGCGAGGACCUCGUGAGGAAAGAGGAGGACCAGAUCAAGAUCUUGGAGGAAUACGCCGGGGGUGUGGAGAUGAUGGGGGUGGGUGAGGUGAGGGAGGUUGUCGUAGGGUUAGUGGAGACGAUGAAGACGGAGGCAGAGGGCGGCAAGAAAUUAAGCAUCGGCGAUGUGUCGAGGAGGGUUUUUGAUAAGGAUGUGCUUGGCGAGAGGAAUGUAGAGAGGGGGGAGGUGGCUAAGAUUGUGAGAGAGGUUCUGGCCGGGUCUUCUUAGACCCAAAUUACAAAGGUUGAUGUAAGGAUGGGAAAUUGUAAAAGUAUGUAUAGGUAAGUUAUGUAUGUUGUGUAUUGAUUGAUAAAACACGCACAGCAAUGGCCUUAGGUGGGCGCAUGGGAAGGAAAACAACCUCCUUUAACUUGUAUAGACCAACAAACGUCUGAAUCACAAAACUUGGGAGAAACGGAGUCACUUCCGAAACAAAGCGAAAUCGCUGAAAUCAAGUUGGCACCUGUAUUCUCCUACCACUUUCACCUAUACCCCAUUGGAAAGGGGGGUUAACAUAUGCCCAGAACUUUCGAAGGCAUCUACUCGUACGUUAUAU